UCCCCACAGUAGACAAUUAAAUUCUCCAACUUUGUAUAACUAAAAUGAAACCGGCUCUCCAAGAACAGCUCGUGACCGAUAAGGUCAUUCUGAACAAUGGCGCAUAUUUAAAGAGACGCAACAGAGAGAAUAUAGAGGGAAAAAAGACUAAAUAAAUGAAAUAACAAUCUUGUGACUGUCAGGCUCUGGAGGCGUGCCAGCAGCCGGAGCAGAGGAGGCUGGGAGGAGAGAAAGAGAGAGACAGUGAGGGGGUGGAGCUAGAGAGCGAGACAGUGAAAGAGAGAGAGCUCGGGGAAGAAGAACCGUGAAGGAGGAAAGAGAAUAAACAGAUAGAUCUGAGGGACAAGAACAAAGGAAAAGAGUAGCGAGGGAUAUUCCUGGGGAAGGGUGGGAGAGUAACACACACUCGACGCCGUCUGCUGGCCUCGAGACCAGCUGCGAGGCUGCUCUGCCCUGGCUACUCACUGGGCCUUAACAAGAGCCACAUCUAGCCGCUGUUUGGCUGUUUACGGCCCCUCCGGCGGAGGCGGAGCUUACAUGCACAGGACACAAGAGGACAGGGCCGGAACGAGUCCAGACACCACCCAUACCAUAACUCCAGGUGAAGAUAUCUGAAAAGGCUCACUGCACUAGUGCGGUGUGGCUGUCAGUGGUGCCUUACAUCCUGUUUGAAACAGGGUGCUGCCUUGUCUCAGGGGAUUAUCACGGCAUAGCGGCACAACAUUAAAGAUGCUGGCUAAUAAAACAGCGCAGAACAGAGAGAGAGAGAGAUGGAGAGAGGGAGACAUAGGGAGAAAUGGGGGGAGAAACAAAAAUAAAAGCUUUUUCAAUAAACAUCAGACUGUCUUCCACCCUCCCCAUCGCUCUCCCCGGUCCAUCACCUGCCGCGUUUGGUCCUGAGGCAGCAGGCAAGCAGGCAGGCAGCUGGCCAGACGGGGAAAGGCACGGAUCGGCUGGUCUGCGCUGGGCCGAGCUGGGCUCAGACCAUGUCCCUGGCCUUCUGAGGCAGGGAGCCGCUGGCUAGAGCCGCUUUCAUCCUCCCAGCAGAAUUAAUCACCAAAGCCUUCAAGCUGCCAACCAGCAGAGGAGACUGUCAGCCAAGAGGGGUUCUGGCACCAGCCCAGGCUUCUAUCCCUGCAGGGGCCUUCUAUCAGAUCAAAGACUGCCACCAUCAUGUCCCCCUCCCCACACACCUCAUUUUUGUUGAUGUGGCAGAGGAGAUGUAGAUGAUUCUGGAUAUUUUAUGAGGAAAAGAUAGCUGGCUCGAUGAGGACAUAGAAACGUGUAAUUAGAUUCUGAAUGUCUAAUGAGGGAUGUGCGGUUCGUUUCAGGGCUCGAGGAAGAUGCUGAGCACCUGCUCGUAGCAAAAAAAAUCACUCCAUCCACUAGCACCUCAGCCAAGACACAUCCCCAUGACAACCACGGGCCAAUGAGACGGCUGCCACACGGGUCACACAAAACUCCUUCAGCACUGGACAAUACGUCUGAGAGGAAAUGCUCUCGCUCUUGUCUGUGAGAUAUACGGCUCUGUUCAUCAGGUAUGGAAAAUGGGCUGUGUGGUGUUUUUUACCAGAGUCUUGGCCGCCAAAUACCAUAGUUACUGUCGGAGUUGAUGUAACUACGAAAUCAUAGUAAAAUAAAAUAGAAUGGCAUUCAAAAUUGUCUUUAUGACAUCAGAAGAGUAUUGUAGUAAGAAACUCUAAAUUAAGCAAAUGGCAAUUUCUAAUUAGGGAUGCACAAUAUGUCUUCUGUACCACUGUACCAUAUUGGUUAUCUGCCAAAAGAUCAUUUUAUAAUUUUCAUUUAUAGACAUGGGAUAUUUAUAGAAGACUGUUUUCACCACAAUAUAAAAAAUAAAAAAGCUGAUUGCGACUUUUUCUCUCUCUAUAGUGUUUUUUCCCCACAUUUCUUAAGUUUAUCUCAUAAUUCAGACAUUGUUUCUUGUAAUUUUGAGAUAAAAAGAAAAACAAAAUAUAUACAAACAAUUUGGAGAGAAAAAAAAGGGCAUCUAAGUCAUGGUAUUGCCGGCCCGAGACUCGAACCAACAACCUUAGUUGUUCUUAGUUGCAUCCAUCCAACCAUCUAUCAGUCCAUCCAUCCACAUACCAAUCAGUCCAAUCCAUCCAUACGUCCUUCCAUCUGUCCAUCCACCUGCCAAUCUAUCCAUCCAUCCAUCGGUCCGUCUAUCCGACUGCCAAUCUAUCCAUCCGUCCAUCAGUUCACCUACCAAUCUAUCCAAUCCAUCCAUACAUCCUUCCGUCUGUCCGUCCACCUGCCAAUCUAUCUAUCCAUCCAUCCAUCCUUCUUUCCGUCUAUCUGUCCGUCUAUCUAUUCAUCCAUCCGUCUAGCCAUCAUCUGCCAACCAAUCUAUCCAAUCCAUCCUUCCAUCCCUCCGCCUACCAAUCCAUCCAUCCAUCCAACCACCUACCAAUCUAUCCAAUCCAUCCAUACAUCCUUCCGUCUGUCCGUCCACCUGCCAAUCUAUCUAUCCAUCCAUCCAUCCAUCUUUCCGUCUAUCUGUCCGUCUAUCUAUUCAUCCAUCCGUCCAUCCAUCCAUCCACCUACCAAUCUAUCCAAUCCAUCCAUCCUUUCAUCCAAUCCAUCCUUCCAUCCAUCCAUCCAUCUGCCUACCAAUCCAUCCAUCUAUCCAUUUAUUUAUCUAUCCAUCCAUCCAUCCAUCUGUCUGUCUCUCUCUGCUUCUCUCCUGUCUUCCGUCAGGGACAGCAGGGUUUUAAUUGAUUAGCGUCUGGCAUAAGACCAGAUAAACAUGCAGAUUUGGCAUCUUGGACGGGGACUGUUGCUCAUCUGCCUUAAGCACACACACACAACCACACACACACAAACACUCAGUAUUUUGUCAGAAGGUUGUGCUUCAGUGACACAAGGAGGCAGCGUUAGGUGUCUGCAGGGACUCCACCCCGCUGAAGGCAGCCGACGUCGUGGCUACUUAUAGCCACGCCAUAAAUCAAGCUGUCAGUCUCAGUCACGCUUGCUGGCACACUCAUGUUCCAGAGCGGUCCUCUCCACACGCCUGUGCUAAACUUUCUCUCCGAGACGCUGUGAGAGCUCAGUGUGCUGUGACCUGAGUUGAAGUCACCACAGAAUAUGUUGCAGGAAUAAAAACAAGAACUGAGAGGUGGCUCAACAUGUCGUUGCAUAUUCAGAAGGGUGUCUCGAAUCUUAAUGUAAAUGCUCUUGUCAGGGGAAAAAGUUUACUUCAUUAGUGAAGUUCGGAAGAGUAUCUGCAGUUUAAAACCAACAAAGUCGUUGGAGUAGUGUUUACGAGUUUCUAGACCGGUUUCUUUUUUCUCAAGUGUGUUCUCUGGUUGUGUGGUCUAAACAAAGAAUGACUCAAAUGAUUCAAUAUUAUUUUUUAAUUUUUUGUAAAUAUUGACAUGCAUCUUAUAGUUUUAUUUUUUAUUAUUAGAUUACUUAAAAUUCUCAAAAGUUAAUUAAUAUUAUAUUAGCAAACUUUGUAUAUACAGGCUAAAAACAAGGAAAAAAAACAACCAAUAUUGAUCAUAUAAAGUAUAUACAAUGUGUAUAUAUUUAUAUAAUUUUAUAGUAUUUUAAUAGUUUGUAUUAGCUUUUAUACUUUUUUUUUUUUUAAACUAACUUUUUUACAUUUCCCCCAUAUAAGUAUUCAGUAUUUCUAACUUAUUAAUUCCAGUUAGUAGCAAGGGCAACAUUUCUUAUUGUGUUUUUUUUUCCCUAAUGAAAAUUUUUAGUUGGGGCUUUUCCUGAAAUAUAUAUAUAUAUUUUUCAGCUUCAUUUUGAUGACCAAAACAUUUCCCAGUUCCAUUCCUCCCUCUUCCUCUUUAUUUCCUGUCCUCUCUCCUAAAUAAAAAAAUAGCAAAACAAGAAAAAUUGUUUGUCAUCAAUUAAAAGAUUUAUUUGAUCAAGCAAAAUCCAUUACAGUUGACAUUUUUCUGCAAUGUCACAGGAAAGAUAGAAAUGCAAGUUUAGCACUUUAGGCCACUAGGGGAUCAGGCUGCUGGCUCACUACUGAAGGAGCUCCAGGUCAAGGGAGAACCAGGUGCUAAUGAGCCACGGCUCAGGGCCAGCUCCAGGGGCCGCAAGGGUGACGCCAAUCACCCGGCUUUAAAACUAAACCGAGAGAGAAACAGAGACAUUAGAAGUAAAGCAGGAUUGUAGGUCAAAAGGCACCUGUUGUCCACCUGACCCCAUGCGGCUGCUGCACACACGUUCUUUUUCCCAGCAAUCCCUCCAUGACCAAUGUCACAGCCUCUGUGGAGUCUGCC